AUGGCCUCGCUCCCCGCAGCCACGAACUGGACCACCAGUGCGGGAACAGCGGGUGCGGACUCUGGGAAUCUGAGCGUAGCGCUCCAGCCUGGGGCAGCCGCGGGGGCGGCUGAGCAGUGGCUGCAACUGCUGGUCCAAGCUGGCAAUCUCUCUGCUUCCUCCACGCUGGGACUGGCCGCGGCUUCCCCGGAGCCUUCGCAGCCCCGGGCCAACCUCACCAACCAGUUCGUGCAGCCAUCCUGGCGCAUCGCGCUCUGGUCCUUAGCGUAUGGCGUGGUGGUGGCCGUGGCGGUCUUUGGGAAUCUCAUUGUCAUCUGGAUCAUCCUGGCCCACAAGCGCAUGAGGACCGUCACCAACUACUUCCUCGUGAACUUGGCUUUCUCCGAUGCCUCUAUGGCAGCCUUCAACACCUUGGUCAACUUCAUUUAUGCGCUUCACAGCGAGUGGUACUUCGGCGCCAACUACUGUCGCUUCCAGAACUUCUUUCCCAUCACAGCGGUGUUCGCCAGCAUCUACUCUAUGACGGCCAUUGCGGUGGACAGGUAUAUGGCCAUUAUUGAUCCCUUGAAACCCAGACUCUCUGCCACAGCAACCAAGAUUGUCAUUGGAGGUAUCUGGAUUCUAGCAUUUCUACUUGCCUUCCCUCAGUGUCUUUACUCCAAAAUCAAAGUCAUGCCAGGCCGUACUCUUUGCUAUGUGCAAUGGCCAGAAGGUCCCAAACAACACUUCACUUACCAUAUUAUUGUUAUUAUACUGGUGUACUGUUUCCCAUUGCUUGUCAUGGGUAUCACAUACACCAUCGUUGGAAUCACUCUGUGGGGAGCGGAGAUCCCAGGGGACACCUGUGACAAGUACCAUGAGCAGCUAAAGGCUAAAAGAAAGGUUGUAAAAAUGAUGAUUAUUGUUGUGGUGACAUUUGCCGUCUGCUGGCUGCCCUAUCAUAUUUACUUCAUCCUCACUGCGAUCUAUCAACAACUAAAUAGAUGGAAAUAUAUUCAACAGGUCUACCUGGCUAGCUUUUGGCUGGCAAUGAGUUCAACCAUGUACAAUCCCAUCAUCUACUGCUGUCUGAACAAGAGAUUUCGAGCUGGCUUCAAAAGAGCAUUUCGCUGGUGUCCUUUCAUCGAAGUUUCUAGCUAUGAUGAGCUGGAGCUCAAGACCACCAGGUUUCACCCGACUCGGCAAAGCAGCCUGUACACUGUGACCAGGAUGGAGUCCAUGACAGUGGUGUUUGACCCCAAUGAUGUGGACAACGCCAAAUCCAGUCGGAAGAAGAGAGUACCUCCAAGAGAGCCAAACUUCAACGGCUGCUCCCGCAGGAAUUCCAAAUCUGCCUCCACCACAUCAAGUUUCAUAAGCUCACCCUACACCUCUGUGGAUGAAUAUUCCUAAAUCCAUUUCCUGAGCUGAAAGAGUAGGGUGUGGCCAUCAUGGUGCCACCAUAGGCCCCCAUACUCCUGAUUAUUUAUCAGCCCUGUACUACAUAUUCUCUGGAAACAGAAGGGCAAUUUUUAGGCAGCUAUGUUUCAAAUGAACAAGGUAGCAUAUAAGUGUAAAAAAGACACAAAGAUAUUUGCCCCAUCAAAAAUGAAAUGGGCUUUAAAUUUAUUACUGAAAACUGAAUUAUGUAACAGAAAAGUGUAUCUGCAAAACAUAAAGUGUUCCAUUUUUCUCAUUUAAAAACUGCAGUAUAUAUUUGUGACACUAAAGUAACACAUGAAUUUCCCAAAAGAUUAAAACAGCUUUAAAAUACGAUGUAAGUGAAUAAAAACAAAACCAGUAUAAAAGGAAACUUUUUCAUCUAUAGCUAUAAAACCGAAAAAAGCUAUAUGACUUUGGUAAAAGUUAGAUGACUCUGGUAAAAUUUUACUACCAGAAUGAUGGAAAAUCAACCUCCAAGAGUAAGAAUAAAUGAAAAUGUUUACUCAAGA